AUGUGGUAUGGGCCACAACCAACAAUUGUUGUUCACGACCCUGAACUCACAAGGGAGGUGACACAAGAGAUUAAUCUCUUUCAAAAGCCUCAUGCCGUUCAAUUUUUCACAUUGCUGGCGCCAGGACUGCCAACUAAGAGGAACAGAAGAAGGAGACAAAUUGCCAAAGAUGUUGAGGAUUCGAUUAGAGAAAUUAUCAGUUUCAGAAUGAAUUCCAUCAGAGCAGGGGAAGCCUGUGAGGAUGACUUGUUGGGCAUACUACUUGAAUCCAGUUCUCAGGAAAUUGACAAUCAUGAAAGUAAGGACUUCGGUAUGUCUAUCGAAGAGGUCAUUGAUGAGUGUAAGCAGUUCUAUUUUGCAGGACAGGAGACCACCUCAGCACUGCUUGUGUGGACUAUGAUCUUAUUGAUUAGAUAUCCAGACUGGCAGGCACGAUCUAGGGAUUGUUGUCGUAACUUUUUGGUGAACUGUGUUUUUGUUCAGGUUCUUACCAACUAA